UAUUAAAUAACCUAUUCAAUUCGUACCAUAAAAUAAAAUCAAAUCUAGGUUAAAUUUUAUUUAGUUUGAACCACAACCCGAGGACACCACCAGUUUAAGAGACCAUGAUGAUUUCAGUAAAGUUAACAGUUCUACUAUGUGUAUUAUUGCCAGUUUUCUCUCAAGAUUUACAAGAAGUAACAAUUAGUACACCACUUGGUGGACUUCUCGGUUUACGUCGGAAGUUAUCGAGUGAGGAUGUUUAUGAAUUCAAGAACAUACCGUUUGCUAAAGCACCUGUCGAUAAUUUACGUUUCGAGAAACCACAGCCGUAUGGAUCAUGGGAUAAAACCUUAGAUGCUAGACACUUUGGUCCGUCAUGUUAUCAAGACUUGACCGGAAUGGAAUCCAUUCUGCAAAAUACAAAUAUCUCCGAAGAUUGUCUUUUUCUAAAUAUAUAUAUUCCACAUCACGUUUCGACCGAAAGUAACAAAUCUGUUAUGGUUUGGAUUCACGGCGGUGGUUAUUAUUCUGGGCAAGCCCAGUUAUAUGACGCAGCAUAUCUAGCUGUUGCUGGCGAUGUUAUAGUUGUUACUAUUCAAUACCGUUUACAUAUUUUUGGUUUCUUUGCAACCGGCAAUAGUAAAGGAAAUUAUGGAUUAUGGGACCAGAUUUUGGCGAUACAGUGGGUAAAAGAUAAUAUAGCCUCGUACGGAGGAAACAGUCAAUCUAUCACAAUAUUCGGAGAAUCAGCUGGUGCAUUUAGUGUGGGUUUAUUAUCUGUAAUGCCACAAAAUCAAGGACUAUUCCAGAGAGCCAUAAUGCAGAGUGGAACCGCUAUCUCAGAACUCAGCAUGGGAUCAGUAACACGAUAUGCUUCGUCACAGGUAGCAAACAAUGUGAAUUGUUCUAAAUCAGAUCCAGAGGAAUUAACGCAAUGCAUGAAAUACGUAAAUGCAAACGAUAUUUUAGCACAGCAAGGAAAACGAUUUUCUUCUAGUCUUAUCCAAAGUCAAUUUGCCCCAAUAAUUGAUGGCGAAUUAUUGCCAAUUCAACCAAAACAAUUGUUACUUAAUUCAUCAGCUUCUACAUUUUUUAAGUCACUGGAUGUCAUCAUUGGAACAAAUUCUGGAGAGGGUUCGCUCUUGUUGGACUUUUUUCUAUACGAAGGGGGUCAAUAUCUGUUUCAAUUUAACGUAUCAGAUCAUAUACCAAAACGGAUUCUUUGUGAAGUUCUUGUUCCUGAUAUUGCAAAUGCAGUGUACAAUAAUAACACGGACAUAGCCAUUUCCAUAUGUGAUAAAUACGGCGCAGCAUUAACACGUGAUGACCUAAGUAGAGAUAUUCUAAAUGCAUAUUCAGACCUAUUGUUUAUGGUCCCAACAGUGGAAUCACUGCGCCUUCACACAGGUAACAGCAACGGAAAACAAUUUCAGUAUAUCUUCUUACCACAGUCUACAAUACCUUAUCCAGAGUGGUUUGAUGGUUCAGCGCAUGCAACUGACCUAUAUUAUUUCUUUUUCCCGGGAACACUUCCUACAGACCAAGAUGGAGAGCUCUCUAUGAAACUGUUAAAGUACUGGACUAAUUUUGCCAAGACAGGAGAUGUCAAUGGAGUAAACCUCCCAAAGUGGGAACAAUAUGACACAACAACUGAACAUUACAUCAAUUUAGAUAUCAACAUAACGACUGGCCAACACAUUUUUAAGGACCGUGUAGAUUUCUGGCUGAAUGACAUCCCUAGAAUAUUAAACCCAUCAUCAUCAACACGCAGGCCAAUAGUACAAACAUCCCCGACCAAUGGCAGUGAUAAAGUGUACAGACAUAAACUGUUAAUAAGUUACUUUCCUUUUUUGUUUGUUGUGUUGUGGUUCUAUAGAUCAAAUUAACUAGAGUGUUUUACAUAUAUUAAAACAAUUUUAAUACUCCACUGCACCUUAAGAGGCAUUAAUCUGUUAAGAAGUCUACAUCCCAAUUUAAACUUAUUUUAACUGUUUUCCGUUUUUUGAAACUGAACUUAGAUUUAAGCUUUAUUUGUCACAAUUUUUUGGAAUUUUGGAUCCUCAAUGCUCUUCAACUUUGUAUUUAUUUGGCUUUUUAACUAUUUUGAUCUGAGCGUCACUGAUGAGUCUUAUUUGAACGAAACGCGCGUCUGGCGUAUAAAAUUAGAAUCCUGGUACUUUUGAUAACUAUUUCAGCUAAAAAUGAUGUUAAUUUUAGUGCUAUUUUGUGGAUGUAUUUCAUUGACCCCUUAGUUGCAUUGUAGUAAUCGACGUCUUCAUUACACUUAUAAUUCAUUUGUCAUGUUUGGAGAAUGUUUGCUUUACAAUAUAAUCGAACGCUGCUCUUAAUGAAGUGGGAUUUUCUUAUCUAAAACAUUAGAAUGGUAAAGUUAUAUAUAUAUAUGUAAAUAAGGGCAAUAAGUAUUAAACUGCUGUUCAAAUGUCAUAAAUCGUCUGAGAGGAAACAAAUCUAGGUUUCAAACUAAAACUAAGUGACACACAUCAACAAUAAGAGGAAAAACGGAUUUACAGAAACGUAUACAAAUAACCCAUAUUAAGUUUAUAUAUUGAUAUUCUUGCAUCUGAAUCAGGGAUGGGCACGAUUACUGACAAAUGUAAUCGAUUACAUAAAGGCUUUUUGUGCAAUCGAUUAUUAAUCGAUUACACUUAUUUUUGUAUGUAAUCGAUUACAAUCAAUUACUUUAUCAAAAGUAAUUACAUUACUUUUCGAUUACUGUCGAUUACACGCUUUAAAAUAAUGAAAAAAGUUUAAACACAACUAUGUUGCUCAACUUAUUUAGAGUGGAAAUUUAGAACAUUACAAAAACAGUUUUAAAAGCAUUGGUUUAUAAAAUGUUAUUUUGACCGUUGUUUCUAGAUGGAAGCUCUUUCAGAGGGUUUAAACUAUUUAAAAUAUUAAGUGAGUGAUGAUCAACAUGAGAACAUGCAUAGGCAACCCCUGCAUCAAUUGCUUCUUAAUAUUGCAGUUAAUUUUUCAAUGAUUUGCAAAGUUUUUCUGUUAUACUGACUUCAGUUUGAUUUAAUAACUUAUUGCUAUCAGAUAUAUUUGAAUAAAGUUCAAUCUUGGCAAUGAGAGAGGUUUCCUCUCUCUGAAAAGAAAUAUAUACAAAAAAAAAUUUAGAAAAAUUAAGUCUCGGUUAUUGUAUAGAAAGGUAUAUACUAUGAAAAUAAGAGCGCGGGGCUUUGCCCCAAGCUCUUAUUUUUAUAGUAUAUACCUUUCUAUACAAUAUCCAAUUUAGCACAUAUUUACAACUUGAGUAAUCCUGUAAUUAGUCUAUUGGUAUGUUUUGGCUGACUAGCUGUAGCUCAUUUACAUAGUUUUGUAAAUCUACUCACUAUCAUCAUUGUAAGUUAUUGACUUCAGAAUGAAAGAUUGUAGUUGCUGGUGUUAGUAUGUUUAUUGGUAUAUUUGUAUAAAGCUGUGUUUUACUAUACAUGAUAAAUUUCAAAACAUAUAGAUAGUUUGCAGUGGCAGAUCCAAAAAGAGGGUGGUGGAAAAGGCUUAGUUGGGGGAUGAUCAAUGCUUAGAAUAAGAACAUAAAGUUGAACCCCUCCCCCUUUAUUUUUGAUUAGAACCCCUUUAAAAAUGAAUGGAUCUUCCCCUGGUAUGUACCCAUAGGUUUUCUAGUGAAUGUUUACAUGCGUGAAAUAUCGGUCACUGGACAUUAAGCAACCAAUAAUCAAUCCAUUCAUGACGAAAUAUAUCAAAUUGCUUUUAUUUCCCUUUACAAGGUUUCAUGGUUCACUCUAUUUUUGUGUACAAAGUAAUUACAUGCAAGAUACUAUACAUGAUUAACAAUUUAGAUGGCAUUGUACUCUAAUCAAGUUAUAAUGAACUACAAUGUACAUAUUUGUUACUCUUUAUUUAAUUGAAAGAAACUUUUAAUUGUCAAAAACAUUUUUUUAUCCAAAGAUUAAAUAGUGGGAUGUUUAAAAAUUAAUUUGAAAACUAAGAACAAACUAUUUAGUAUAAUUUGGAACACAAUUUUUUUUUCAAAAUAGCCAGUAGCAAUUUGUAUUUCAAUAUCUUGAUUACGAUACAAUGAAAUCUUACCCAUGUGAUCAUUCAUGCGUAGUUACUUAGUACACGAAAAAGUAUGUACUAUGAAAGUUAGAAGACAAAUUCAAGCAAUUUGAUUGGACGAAAAGUUGUAAGUAUGUGCUAAACAUGUUAAAAGAUCAUUUAUUUAUUUUAACAUGAAUGAAUUCAUCCCUUUGUUUGGUUAACCCCUAAUUACACCUUAUAAAACUGUCAAUGGAGAAUAAUUUAUAACCUAGGGGCAUGUAUAGUGAAUAAAUCUCUCAUUUAUAAUUAAUUAGACUUAAUUGAUAUCAAAACAAUGUCUGUGUCUCCUUGAUUAGAAGUCUUUGAUCCUCUGAUUAGUAAAAACAAGAAUAUUGUUGAGAUUUCAAAAUCAUAAACUUAUACUAAUACUUUAUUAAUAAACCUCAGACACAUAGGUGUACAAGAGGAAUAUGAUUUUAGUGGCAAAAUUUGAAAACAUGUAUCUAUUACUGAAUAAAAAUUUCAAUGCGUUGGUUGAUUAUCAAAAUGA